AUGGACUCCGAGAAAGUCGUCGUUAACGACGCGCCAGCUCUGGAAAAGAAAAGCCCACGAAGUCAAAACAGCACAUCUUCCCCAGACUUCUCAACCGGCGAGACAGAUUUCACGACAAUAUCCGCAGCUGAAGAUCGUCGGCUGACAACGAAAUUGGAUUUGAAAGUUAUUCCGAUUCUUGGACUCCUCUACCUAAUAUGUUUCCUCGAUCGAACCAAUAUCGCGAAUGCCCGUCUCGCAGGUCUGGAAAAAGGGUUGGAUAUGCCGAAGAAAGGAUUCAAUACCGCUCUUUGGAUCUUCUAUAUUCCGUUCGUUUUGGCAGAAGUACCGAGUAACAUCAUUCUGGCUCUGCCGUACGUUAAACCGAACUUGUGGUUGGGCGGUAUGACCUUUAUCCUUGGUAUCCUUUCCAUGUGCCAAGGCUUAACGCACUCGUAUGAAGGUCUUCUUGCCCUAAGAUUUCUGAUGGGAAUCAUGGAAGCAAGUCUUCCAGCCGGUGCAGGUCUACUCAUUGCUUCAUAUUACCGAAAGAAGGAGCUCGCCCUUCGCUUCUGUUUGUUCUUGAGUCUUGGGUUGCUUGGUUCCUGUUUUAGCGGUCUGCUCGCCUAUGCGUUGAUGGACUUGGAUGGAAAAGCUGGACUCGAGGGGUGGCAAUGGAUUUUCAUCGUGGAAGGUCUCGCAACAAUCGUCUUUAGCUUCAUUGCGCUGGUUUUCGUCCCACAUUUUCCCGCGAAAGACAGCUGGCUUUCCGAAACGGAUCGUUCACGCCUUCUAGCUCGUCUGGAGGCCGACAAAGGCGAAGCGAGCACAAUAAAUAGGCCUCUGAUCAAAGUCCUUUUCGAUCCCAGAAUCUGGUCGAUGACUCUCUUGUUCUUUUGCGCCGAUGUAUCCGCAGGUUCAUUGUCAUCUUUUAAUCCGACCAUCGUAUCGCAAUUGGGUUGGACAGCUCGACGAGCACAGGUCAUGACGAUGCCCAUUUGGAUUGUUGGAAUCAUCGGACCGGUAACCAGCGCAUUUCUCGCUGGUAGAUGGAAUUCUCGAGCCGUAUUUCUUGCACCCGCCAUUAUCUGUUCGUUGGUGGGUUGGGUAAUUCAUUAUGUCCAAUUGUCGUAUGGUGUGAGAUAUAUGGCUCAAUUUCUCAUAUCCUUAGGAACGUUUAUUCAAAUGUCCUUAUAUAUUGGUUGGCUAAGUGCGAAUCUUCGCGGACCAAAGGAGCUUGGAGUAGGAACAGCCAUAAUAUUGGGCGUGGGAAAUUGUGCGAAUUUCGUGAGCAGCAACAUCUUCAUCACAACAGAAGCUCCUAGAUAUCCAACUGGAUUCAGUGUAGGGAUGGCGCUCACUGCACUGGCAUUGCCUGUGCUAGGUGGCGUCGUCUUAUGGUUCUGGAUGCACAACAAAAAGAUCAGGGCGAGAAUGGCUGCUGGCGCGGUGUUGGAUAAUCAAGUAGAUUUUAUCUAUGUUAUUUAG